AAUUAAGAAAUCUGAUUCUCAUGUCGCCUUGCCCCAUCUUAUAACACGCUCCUCGUCUUCCUUCCUCCCCUCUCUCUCUUUCCGCUCAAUAUUUUCUCGGGAAAAUUCAUCUCUGCUUACACUCCCUUUCCCUUCAGAGAGAAAAAAGAAUCAAAAAGGAAGAAGAUGAACCAGGUGGCGGUUCAACGGAACGUGUUUUCAGUGCGUGAAGAGAUGAUGAGAGCCGCAGACACCGACCGCCGUGAACGACUUGUUUGCCCAAAGCCUCGCCGUCUCGGACUCAUUAACGCCACCGCCAACGACAACCCAUUUAGACACCGUUUUGAUUCCAUAGCUGCCAAUGAUGCUUUGGAUCUUCUCUUCUUUAAGGGAGGUUGUGAUUUGGAGAAUUUUAAGAGUAGUAGUACACAAUUAGCCUCGUCGCCGCCGUAUUUAUGUGGGACGCCGCCCAGCAGAGUAGCUAACCCAUUAAUCCAAGACGCUAGAUUUGGGAACGAGAAGCCAAAGAUGCUCCCCGUCUUUUCGCCGGAGGUGGCUCCUCCUCCGUAUUCGCCGCCUCCAUCAACCGAUCGGAAUGGCGGCUGGGUUCGACCAAACUUCGGAAACAUUCCAGCGGUGAGAAUCGAGGGGUUCGAUUGCCGUCUGGACAGGGAGAGGCGAAACCGCAGCAUCCCUGCCCUGGCUUAACAAAAACCUAACCGAUUUGAGCGGAGCCGAUCCAAUGAUGUGGAUGAAGAAGGAAAAAAACAUUUUUUUCUACAAAUUAAAAAAUUGAAAUUUAGAAAAAGGAAGGUUUUUGAGAAAAACACCAUUAUUGUAUAUAAGGUGGAAAGGAAAUGAAAGUAAAUAUUAUGUGAAGGAAAAGAGGGCCUUGUUAGGUUUGUGUCUAUUUAGUUGAGUCGAGGGUUGAUUGAGAGAGAGACAAUUCAUAGCAGCUUGUGAAUGAGCAAACAUGUACAAAUGAAGCUGCAAAUUAGGUAUGAAACACAAGCAUUCAUAUCUUAAAUUUUCAUUUCUCUUCUA